AUGCAAGCCCCAAGAGGAAAUCAAUUGAAAAUAAAAGGAAAUGUUGUGAACAUACCAGCAGAUGUUAACAAUACUGUUAAUGUGUUACCACGGUUACCUGAGGAAAGUGGCACAAUAAAAGUUCAGUUAAAGAGACGAUUACAGUAUAAGAGUUCUGCACUGUCCUUAAAUGUAAGACCGUAUAAAAUCUUACAAGCAGCAAACUGGCUGGCUACUAACAGUAAUCUUUAUAGGGAACAAGGAAUAUCUUUUAGUAAAGACAAGAUGGGAAAUUGUAACAUAUACUUGCAAAAUGAAACUGAGAGUGAAGAUGCUUCUCAAGCCAGCUGCAAUGAACAAAUAAGUGGUACAUGUAAUGCUAUCAAAAAGACUGCAGGCCAAGACACCAGUGAAUUUCAUGAUGACUGGACCGAAGAGGAUGCAGAAAUACCUUCAGGAGUAACCGAUACUAUGUUAACUGCAACUGACUUUCUUGAUGACAAUGAACGACAACAAAUUUACAACAUUGCCCCUGGGGAAGGAAGUGUACCAUUAAGUAUAUUUAGGGACAAAUAUUCUGAAGAGUUAGCCUAUCCAGGAAUAUUUCUAGGUCAAAAGAGGCCAGAAAAUGAACAGAGACUAGUUGAUGUUCAUUACAGUCAUAUUUGCAAAUCAGAAUUACGAAGGUCAGAUAGACGAGCUGCAAUGUCUACAGAGAAUAUAUUUUUUAAAACUAAAAAAUUACAAAUGAAGAUUCUGCUAAGAAAAUCUCAAAUAGCACUACGAAAAUGUAAAGGCAAUAAUAGAUUUCUUACAGCUGGUCAGUUAAAGCAACCAGGCACCUUGGAAAGAUUAGUUCAUCUUGAUGAAGGCUACAGAUUCUUAAGAGCACUUCGUGGCUCCCCUCCUUAUUUCGAGAAAGCAAAAAAAGAUAUCUUUGCAAUGAUCAGACAACUAGGGCCUUCUACUUUAUUUUGUAGUUUUUCGUCAGCUGAAACACAGUGGAUACAUCUUCUUAGAAUUCUUGGCAAGCUUGUUGAUGAUAAAGAAUAUUCAGAUAUCGAACUUGAGAAUUUGAACUGGGAAGAAAAGUGUAGAUUAAUUCAGAGUGAUCCAGUGACUUGUGCCCGACAUUUUGAUUAUCAGUUCAAUCAAUUUUUGAGGCAUUUUUUAAUGAGCAGUGCUGCUCCCCUAGGGAAAAUAGCAGACUGGUUUUACAGAGUGGAAUAUCAACAGAGAGGCUCUCCUCACAUCCUCAUGUUAAUUUGGCUUGAAGAUGCAUCAGUGUAUAGAUGCAAUAAUGACAGUAAUGUCACAACAUUUAUUGAUAAAAUAAUAACUUGUAAAAAACCAAAUAAUGAUCCAGAAUUAGUGCUUCUUGUCAAUAGACAGAUGCAUAGGCACUGCCAAACUUGUCGUAAGAAGUCAAAGGCAGAAUGCAGGUUCAAUUUUCCACAACCACCUAUGAAGUCAACAACCAUUUUGCAUCCUCUUGGUGAUGAUGUAUCUGAAACUGAGGUCAGAAAACACAAAGAUACUUGGAAAAACAUCAGUAAACAUUUGAAUGACGUGAAAGAAGGUGAAGACAUCACAUUUGACCAAUUGCUGAUUAAUCUCAAUGUCACAGAACAAAACUACUACCUUGCUAUUCAAUCAAGUCUCAAUUCUCCCACCAUAUUUUUGAGAAGAAAUCCAAAUGAACUAAGAGUGAACAAUUAUAACAGUGCCUGUCUAAAGGCAUGUAGGGAAAAUAUGGAUAUACAAUUUGUGCUAGAUGUUUAUGCUUGUGCAGCAUAUAUUGUGUCAUAUAUUUCAAAAUCUCAAAAAGGAAUGAGUCAGCUCUUACGAAGAGCAUGUGAUGAAGCCAGAGCAGGAAAUUCCAGUAUAAAGCAACAAGUAAGAGACAUUGGCAACCAAUUUUUAAAUAGUGUUGAAAUAAGUGCUCAGGAAGCAGUUUACAUAGUUCUUCAGCUACCAAUGAGAAAAAGUUCCAGACAAGUGAUUUUUAUUAACACCACACCUCCUGAGGAAAGAGUGCAACUCUUGAAACCAAUGAAUGAAAUAGAAGAAAUGGAUGAUGACUCAGAAGAAGUUCACUCUAGUGGUCUGUUAAACAGGUAUAAACAAAGACCUGCCAGUUUUGAGAAUAUUUCACUAGCUGAUUGGGCCACAUUGUAUGAUUCUUGUCAAAAACCUUUCAUGAAAAAAUCCAAAAGUACUGAUUUGGAUAAUCUCCCACUGGAGACAAUAGAUGAUGAUGAAAACAAUGAUGAUGAACUCUUUGACUGUGCCAAAGAAAGCACACAGGUUGGAAAACCAGGAAAACCAAAACAGCAUUUAAAACCCAGAAUAAUUAGGAGUGCGUGGUUCAAUGUAAAAUCUCAAUCAGAAAAACACUACCGUGAACUUAUUAUGCUUUUUGCUUCAUGGCGAAAUGAAGAAACUGAUUUAAUGGGGAACAGUUCUUCAUAUCAAGAAUAUUACCUUCUUUUGAAAGAACAGAUAGAUAAACAAAUGAUGCAGUAUGCUGUCUGUAGUGAAGAUUUAAAUGAGAUUGAACAAGAUUUACACAACACAGAUUAUAAUGAUGAGCAGUUUGAUCCCAUAGCACCAAACACACAAAAUGUUGAAUUGCAAGAUGAAGCUGAGGGUACCGAAGAUUUACAUCCUGAUUUUAGUGAAAACUAUGACCUCUCUGAUGAUCUUGGCAUUCCAUCAACAUCGCUGAAUAGUGAACCACUGAUAUUGAAUGAAUUACCUGAUUGUGAUUUUCGUCAAAUGAUCCAGACACUCAAUAAAGAGCAAAAAGAAUUUUUUUUUAUCACAUUUUACAUCAGAUUAAAACCUCAGAAACCCCUUUCUACUGCUUCCUCAGUGGAGGGGCUGGUGUUGGCAAAUCACAUUUAA